CAAACGCUGCCCUAAAUAUAAACAAGGACAAUGAGGAGAGCCAGCCCCUCCUUAUUUCACUCGCUGCUCUCUCUCUGAGCAGUGCUCCGAUCUUUCUAUAGCUGACAUGGGGGGCUCAUCGAAUGGCAACCAUCCCGCCGCCACAGCCAGCCGCGGUGAAGGAGGCGCAACCGUGGUGGACAAGGGUGUCGAUUUCGCCAAUUAUUUCUGCACUUACGCCUAUCUCUACCACCAAAAAGAUAUGCUCACUGACCGCGUUCGCAUGGACUCAUAUUACAAUGCUGUUUUCCAGAACAAGCAUCACUUUGCUGGAAAGGCUGUAUUGGAUGUAGGAACAGGGAGUGGUAUUCUAGCAAUAUGGUCUGCGCAAGCAGGUGCAAGAAAAGUCUAUGCAGUGGAAGCGACCAAAAUGGCUGACCAUGCCCGUGAACUAAUAAGAGCAAAUAACCUUGAGGGAGUUAUUGAAGUUAUUGAAGGAUCAAUGGAAGAUGUUAAUCUACCAGAGAAGGUUGAUGUGAUCAUAUCGGAAUGGAUGGGAUAUUUUCUUCUGCGUGAGUCAAUGUUUGACUCUGUAAUUUCUGCGCGUGAUCGAUGGCUCAAGCCUAAUGGAGUUAUGUAUCCUAGCCAUGCUAGGAUGUGGGUAGCACCUAUUCGAUCUGGAUUAGUUGAUCAAAAGAAAAGUGAUUGUGAUGGAGCCAUGAAUGAAUGGAAUCAAUUUGUGAAUGAUACUAAGAAUUAUUACGGUGUUGAUAUGGGUGUUUUAACAAAAGCCUAUAUGGAAGAGCAGAAGAAAUACUAUUUACAGACGUCACUUUGGGGCAGCCUUCAUCCCAAUCAAGUCAUUGGACAGCCUGCUAUUAUAAAGGAAAUCGAUUGUCUGACAUCAACUGUUAAGGACAUAGUCAAUCUGCGAUCAAGUUUUUCAUCAUUGAUUACUGCUGAAAAUACCAGGCUUUGUGGGUUUGGUGGAUGGUUUGACGUGCACUUUAAAGGACGUGUUGACAAUGUAGUUAAACAGGAGGUGGAGCUGACAACUGCUCCUAGUGAAGAAUUUUGUACACAUUGGGGACAGCAGGUGUUUCUAUUGCAUCCGCCCAGGAAUGUUAGCAAAGGAGACAAUCUGAUCAUCAAUUUUGGCAUGAACCGCUCUAAAGAAAACCACAGGUUGUUGGAAGUGGACUUUGACUAUGAGAUUCAGCGCUCUUCCGGGCAAUCAAGCCCCUCAUUCAGAACAAAGGUUUACAUAGAAUGAGCUCAGCAAACCUGGAAUGGCGUCUGGUAUCAUUUAUCAACUUUAUAAGUGCUUUAUCUGCUUCAGGCAAUGGAAAUGUGUGUUUUUGUUCCCUUUGCUGUUUUAUGUUUGCUAAUACCCUAAAGCUGUUGUAUUCAUAGAGUAGAGUUAGUUAGAAAAACGUCUCAUGUAUUGCAAAAGGUGUGAUAACUUUAUCUGUUUAAUUUUGAUUAUUAUUUAAUGCAUGUUUAAAAUACAGUUCUGGC